AAUUUGUUCCCCUCUUGGCCCCUCCAGCAUCCACCACUUUUCAGUUCCGUUUUCCUUUCCCAUCGCCGGCGUUUUCCUUUCUGUUUUCCCUCCUUCCUCUAUACCGUUAUUUCAAUCAAUAGAAGAAAGUUAAUGGCAGCUCCCGGAAAAUGUUUCCUAGUCACAGGCCCUCCGGGUGUGGGUAAGAGCACCCUGAUCAUGAGAGUGUUUGAGAGCCUCAAAUCCUCAAACCCCAGCUUCAAAAUCCAGGGUUUCUACACUCGAGAGAUUAGACAAGGAGGUGAAAGGGUUGGGUUCGAGGUGGUGACAUUAGAUGGUCGCAGAGCUCCACUAGCCUCCACCACCAUCUCAAGCUCAGAGUCUUCUAGAUGGCCUACUGUAGGGAAAUACAAAGUGGAUAUUGCAUCUUUUGAAUCACUGGCAUUGCCUGAGUUGGAGGUCAAGGAAGACACUGAUCUCCUCAUCAUCGAUGAAGUUGGUAAAAUGGAGCUGUACAGUUCUUCAUUCUUUCCUGCUGUCCUAAAAGUUCUAGAAUCAAAUAUCCCUGUUUUGGCUUCCAUCCCAAUUCCAAAAUUUGGCCGAGAUAUUCCUGCAGGUAUUCUCUGGAUUCAUUCAUCAUUAUUUAUUAGAGCAAGUAGUAAUUAAUGAACAAGAUGGUUUUUAUCCUACAAACUUCUUUUAGUUGUGAUAUUGCUUGUUUUGUGGUUGUAAGAGAAGUUUGAAGCCGUUUUCAAACCCACUUCAAAUGACAUUUCAUUUGAAAAAUUGAAAGCGAAUUUACUUGCCAUGCUUGCAAGUGGCACUCAGUAGAAGGUUUAAAAUCUCUUCUUUGACUUUGAUUCACGAGCCUCUUGUUCUUGUUGUUAAGUUUGUUUGACCAAGAUGUCUGCAUACUCUCCAGUUGCAAGGCUGAGGAAUCAUCCAGAUGCAAGCCUUUUCACUCUAAAUCCUAGUAACAGGGAUGCCAUGAAAGAGCAGAUUUAUUCCCAAUUGGUAGAUAUACUGAGGAAGCAUUAGCUAAUGUAUUUGAUGUUAAGUUUCCAUCCAAUGUUCUUGUGUUCAUCUUUCUAUGUGCUGCUUGAAGCAGAACUUCUGGAUGUGAAUAAUUUACGUAUAUAUUG